AAUUAUUUUAAGAGUGAAGGUCAACACCUGUCCACCAAUCACAUUCCUUCGUUCACCAAAUCGUCCUGCAACAACAACGUAACCCUAUCACCGCCUCACCAUUCUCACUAAAAGGGGAAAAAUAAACAACACAUUCUAAAAAAUCUCGGCAAAUUACCAAAAUUUCCAAUUCGAAAAAUUCUCGAAAAUCAAUCCAAAUAUGUUGAGGCAUAUAGCAACCACGAGCCUCGGCAGACGUCUCCGGUGCUCGGCAGCUGCCGGCGGUGGUGGCCUGCGACGGAUGUACCACGAGAGAGUGGUGGACCACUACAACAACCCGAGGAACGUCGGGUCAUUCGACAAGAACGAUCCGCAUGUGGGAACGGGUCUCGUUGGAGCGCCGGCGUGCGGUGACGUCAUGAAAUUGCAGAUUAGGGUUGAUGAGGAGAGCGGUAAAAUCGUCGAUGCUUGUUUCAAGACUUUCGGAUGUGGUUCCGCCAUCGCCUCCUCGUCCGUCGCAACUGAAUGGGUGAAAGGAAAACCAAUGGAGGAAGUUCUGACGAUAAAAAAUACGGAAAUUGCAAAACAUCUCUCCCUUCCGCCUGUGAAACUACACUGCAGCAUGCUUGCUGAGGAUGCAAUCAAGGCUGCUGUCAAAGACUAUGAGGCAAAACGAACAAAGUCAAGUGGAAGUCAAGAAGCUACACCUCUGGAAGCGAAAGCUGCUGAUGCUUGAGGAAUGCACUCAGGCAUUCCAAGAGACUGUUCCUGGUCAUGUUACAAUAAUGUUUGUCUUCGCAAAUUCACUAUCUUUUGCUUUAUAAAUGUUGCUUUUCUUGCUAUAUUAUUAGGGUGAAACAGGAGAUAUUGUACAUGAGUUUUGGGGUGUUCUAUGCUUGUCUUAGUGAGCAGGAUGACUUGUGUUUUUCUUUUGGAGAUGUGGAACUGCUAAUGUUCUUACGUACUUGUAUUAAAAUGUUAUCUUUUUUCAUUAUCAA